GCCGUAGCUGCGCCGGAACCGGAAGCCGAACCUUUCCUGUUUCAGUCCAUUGAAAGAAAACAUCAACAUUAGGAUCAUCGCGAGCCAUGCGCUGAUUCUGAGCUCUGUUCGUGAACGGCGGCAGAAUGGGCUCGGCACCGGACAGAUUCCGCGGGGUGGCGAUCUGGCUGAUUCUCGCCGGACUCGUGCGUCUGUCACACAACACCGAGCCCGGACAGAAACACCCGGCGAGCGGUGCCCUGACAGCGCUCUCUGUCUCCUCAGAUGCGGCGGAGGCCGGCGGCCCGGACCCGGAGCAGCUGGAGCAGGUGGAGGAGCUGGAGAUGAAGGAGGUGGCGGGGGAAGCGUGCGCUGAGGGCCGCUGUGAGACCGAGACCGAGGCGCUGCUGUCCGCCGUGCUUCACAGCGACACCGGAGAAACCCAGAACCUCACCGACACCAAGAGCUACAAAGUGAACUGCGACAGAAGGAACAUCAGCGGCACUGAGCGCCCCACGGUCCAGAUCCUCACCGCGUCUCAGGACCUGAUGGAGCUCCUGAACGCCAGCAGCACCGAAUGCUCCCUGGUUCUCUUUUACACCACGUGGUGUCAGUUUUCGGCAAACCUCGCCCCGCACUUCAACACCCUGCCGCGGGUGUUUCCCAGCAUGCACUUCGUGGCGCUGGACGCGUCCCAGCACAGCAGUCUCUCCACGCGCUUCGGAACCGUGGCCGUGCCCAACAUCCUGCUGUUUCAAGGAGCCAAACCCAUGGCCCGGUUCAACCAGACGGACAGAACGCUGGAGACGCUGAGCUCCUUCAUCACAAACCAGACAGGUAUGGAAGCGAGUCCAGGUCAGGCCGGACUGGAGGAGGGACCUCUGCCUGCGGUUCCUGUCAGAGGCAUCGACUGGCUCUUUGUGUUUUCGGUGCUGUUCCUGUCCGGCUUCGGCCUGUAUGCCCUCCUCUGCUCAGACAGCAUCCCGUGGCUCGUUCCAGGACCGGAGCACGUGCAUCAGGACUAGAGCCGCUGCCAUCCCAGUCUACAUACAUGCAGAAUAAAUCAGUGAAUGACUGUACAGAGUCUGCUCGUGGUGUUGUGUCCUUGUGUAGUUCUGUUCUGGGCCUGGUGUUAAAUCAGAACGGCUCAAGAAAGACACCGGGAUACAAUAUUAAAAUGCAAACUUAUGUCUGAGAUACAAGAGCACGGUGAGGUGGUGUGAUGGGAGUCAGUGCACUAGUGCUCCGUUGAGAACACAGCCCGGGAGGGGACGGGUCGGUGAAGUAAUGGAAGGAUGCAUCCAGUCACCCACAAUCCUUUGCACACAUUGCAAAUCAUGAAAAGAGCGGCUGGGAAAUGAAUCCGCACUGAGCUCAUCUAAUUUAAUUACGAACUGCAAGACAGAAACAAUUAUUAUUAUUAUUAUUAUUUAAAUUGACAUUACCUGUACUGCAUUAAUAAAAAGUCCGUUAAAAUAAAGUACACACAGACUUGAAAGUA